AUGGCUUCGAUUACACAGAUUAUCCUUCCUAGCUUCUCCAUACACCAUGGUUUCAACAAAGAACCCAGAAAUAGAUUACACGCAAUAGGACGGAGCUUAGGUCCUUCUGUGCUCCAAAACAAGCUGAGAUUGAGAGCUUGCUUGAUUGAGCAUAGACAGAGUCAGCGAGAGAGACGGCGAUUCAUGGGUCUGGGAGAAAUUGGAAUUCUGUCGACUGAGAAAGCUCUUGACCGGAAAAGACGAGUGGUUAAGGUUAGCGGUUUGAAGUUUAAUGGCGGAGAUAACAACGGAAAUGGGAGAAUCAUCGGAAAUCUUGCUCUGGCUAUUGGUUUGACUUAUCUCACUAUGACUGGUCAGCUUGGUUGGAUUUUGGAUGCUAUUGUCUCUGUCUGGCUGAUUGUGGUGAUUGUUCCAAUUUUGGGGUUGGGAGCAUUAUUUUGGUGGGCACAACGCGAUAUUGUCGUGAGCAGUUGUCCGAAUUGUGGAAACGAGUUUCAGAUAUUCAAGUCAACGUUGGAUGAUGAAGUACAGCUUUGCCCUUUCUGCACCCAGCCAUUCUCAGUGGUGGAUGAUAAGUUUGUCAAGGAAUCAGUGACAUUCUCAAACCAAACUACUUCUUUCGGACAAAACUCAAAUGGGUUUUCUUCUACACCUAAGAAAGGAAAGAGUUCCUCAUCAGCAGUGGUAGACAUAGAAGCAGAAGUAACAGAUGUAGACUGA